AUGGCUCCCUCCAACCUGCCGGCGAUCUUCAACGCCACCUCCCAGGACAUUGAGAUGCUCCUGGCCUCCCAGAGCCACCUCGGUUCCCGCAACCUGCAGGUGCACAUGGAGCCCUACCUGUGGAAGACCCGUGCCGACGGUGUCAACGUUAUCAACGUUGGCAAGACCUGGGAGAAGAUUGUCCUCGCUGCCCGUAUCAUCGCCGCCAUCGACAACCCCGCCGAUGUCUGUGUUAUCUCUGCCCGUCCCUACGGUCAGCGUGCCGUCCUCAAGUUCGCCGCUCACACCGGUGCCACCGCCAUUGCCGGUCGUUUCACCCCCGGUUCCUUCACCAACUACAUCACCCGUUCCUUCAAGGAGCCCCGUCUGAUCGUCGUCACCGACCCCCGUACCGACGCCCAGGCCAUCAAGGAGGCUUCCUACGUCAACAUUCCCGUCAUUGCCCUUGCUGACACCGACUCUCCCACCGAGUACGUUGACUGCGCCAUCCCCACCAACAACAAGGGUCGCCACGCCAUUGGUACCGUUUGGUGGAUGCUCGCCCGUGAGGUCCUCCGUCUCCGUGGUACCAUCUACAACCGCGAGACUCCCUGGGACGUCAUGGUUGAUCUGUACUUCUACCGCGACCCCGAGGCUGAGGCCGAGGAGAAGGUCGAGGAGGAGAAGCUCCCCUCCGCUGACGAGGUUGGCCCCGCUGCCAUCACCACUGGCUUCACCGAGUCUGGCGGUGACUGGCAGGCUUCCGCCCCUGGCUUCGCUGGUGCCCAGGGCGGUAACUGGGACGGUGCCACCGAUGAGUGGGGUGGUGCUGCCGCCGCCGCCGCUGCUGCUCCUACUGGUGAGUGGGGUGCCACUGAGGCCAAGGACAGCCAGUGGUAG